GGCCCGCCUCUUACGGAAGCCGAGGCGGACGGUCGGAUCCGGAAGAAAAACAAUCGCGCGCGAGAGAGGUGUCCAGACCUGGUGUCUGAGACUUGCCGCCCGGAGGCUGCCCCGGCCGGGACCAGCUGGGGCGGCGAGACGCGAGCCUGCCCGACCACCGCGUGGGGACGAUGGCGGCCGUGAACUUGCGGAAGCCGACUGGGCUGAAAGGCAGGAAGCUCAGCAUACAUGUCGUGACAUGGAACGUGGCCUCGGCAGCACCCCCUCUAGAUCUCAAUGACCUGCUUCAGCUGAACAACGAGGACUUGAAUCUGGACAUAUAUGUCAUUGGUUUGCAGGAAAUGAACUCUGGGAUCAUAAACCGCCUUUCUGAUGCUGCCUUUGAAGACCCAUGGAGCAGUUUCUUCAUGGAUGUGCUUUCCCCUCUAAACCUCGUCAAGGUCUCCCAUGUCCGCAUGCAGGGGAUCCUCUUACUGGUCUUUGCCAAGUAUCUGCAUUUGCCCUAUAUCCAGAUUCUCUUCACAAACUCUACCCCCACAGGUCUCUUCGGGUACUGGGGGAACAAAGGAGGAGUCAACAUCUGCCUGAAAGUUUAUGGCUACUAUGUCAGCAUUAUCAACUGCCACCUGCCUCCCCACAUAUCCAACAAUGACCAGCGGCUGGAGCAUUUUGACCGGAUCCUGGAGAUGCAGAAUUUUGAGAGACAGGAUAUCCCCAACAUCCUGGACCAUGACCUUAUUCUCUGGUUUGGAGACAUGAACUUUCGGAUCGAGGACUUUGGGUUGCACUUUGUUCGAGAAUCCAUAAAAAAUCAGUGCUACAGUCACCUGUGGGAGAAGGAUCAGCUCAGCAUUGCCAAGAAACACGACCCGCUGCUCCGGGAGUUCCAGGAGGGCCCCCUGCUCUUCCCGCCCACCUACAAGUUCGAUAGGAACUCCAGUGACUAUGACACCAGUGAGAAACGGCGCAAGCCUGCCUGGACCGACCGCAUCCUGUGGAGGCUGAAGCGGCAGUCCCAGGCCGGCCCACAUGCCCCCAGACUGCCAGCCCCCUACUUCUCGCUGUCUCUGAGGAGCUACGUCAGCCACAUGGUAUACAGCAUCAGUGACCAUAAGCCUGUCACCGGCACCUUUGACUUGGAGCUGAAGCCAUUGGUAUCUGCCCCACUAAUCACCCUGAUGCCCGAAGAGAGCCUGUGGACCAUGGAGAACAACAUGGUGGUCAGCUACUGCUCAGACCCUGGCUUCCCCAGCAGCCCCUGGGACUGGAUUGGACUGUACAAGGUGGGGAUGCGGCACGUUAAUGACUAUGUGUCCUAUGUCUGGGUAGGGGACAACCAGAUAUCCUUCAGUGACAACCUGAACCAGGUAUACAUGGACAUCAGCACCAUCCCUAAGACUGCAGAUCAGUGUCUCCUCUGUUAUUUCAGCAACAAUCUGAAUUCCAUCGUGGGCAUAAGCAAACCCUUCCAGAUCCCACCUCGCUUCUUUUUGAGGGAGGACCCACUGGGUGAAUCCCAACCACAGUUCUGAGCCGGCAUGGGAGUGGAUCCAGGGCGGAGGCCAGAGCUAGAAGCCAGCUCUCCCUUACCGCUGCCAGGAGUGCUGGGGGCCCAGCCCAGCCCCCCGAGGGGACAUAACAAGUGUGCUCUACAUACCCACCACCUUCGAGCUCUAGCCAGCCUCCUUCGCUCUCUCCAGUACAGAUCUCUAGAACUGGCCGCUUAAAUACAGGCUUUUGUUGCUGAGAUGUGAGUAAAACAAGGUAGUUUGUCAACAGUGAAGACUUGGGGACAAUGCACCAGAUGUGGGAAGGACCCUCCAGCCUGCAUCUCAUUGCUUGAUUUUCCCCCCUACACACUUCUAGUCGUGCCAGGCACAUGCCCCAUCUGGCACAGGCCUGCAUUCUUGUCAUGCCAUCCUGGGUCUCAGGCUGCCUGGGAGGGAGGGAUGCUCACAUUUGUACAGGCUCUAUAGACUGGUUGGCGCAAGCAGCAUUGGGUUCCAGGAGUCUUGGCAUCUCAUAGCCUGUCCCCAUGAGAGAUGGACAGAGAGUCUGGGAUCCCUGCUUUCAGCAGAAACAGUGUGACUAAGCGGGUAGGAUGGAGGGGCCCCUCUAGCCAGGCUGUUAGGUAGUAGUGUGAACAGGGUCCUUCUGCUGACACAACCUUCUCCACUAGCCCCUGCGUGGAGUCCAACCAAGGAAGUUCCAGGGCCUGAACAGAGAGAAUUGGAAAGGACCCAGGUUAGCUUCUGCCCUCUUAAGAAGGGUUGACAGGUGGUGCAGGAGCUUCAGCCACAGACUUUUCUAGGGUGGGCCUUGCCAGAUCAAGCUCUUCUCUCCACCCUUGUCAGGACUUUGGCCAGUAACUGCUCCUCUCUCUGCACCCCCGCCCCCCCAGGACCUAGAAAUGGGGGCAGGCAAAGGGAGAGCUGGAUCGAGAUAUUUUGGAGGAUCUGGCCCUGGGGGUCUUCCGAGAGCAUUCUCCAGGUGCUGUGUGGACAUGGCUUGUCCCCACUCCCACCACUGGCCUCCUGCCAGUGGUGACUCAAUGGCCCUUCUCAGGAGAAGCCACGUCAGGGAGCCUGCUCAGUGAUGGUCCUGCCAUCCUAUGACCUGAGAUUGAGGAUCACUCCAGUUGCUGUGCGUUCCAUACUGCACCCAGGGAGCCAUGUGUAUCAAGAACUGUCCCCUGGCUUCUGGCAGGCCAUGGCUAUCUAUGUUCUGUGUCUAUUACACUGGGGAGUAAUAAGAAACAUGGCUUUUA